AUGCAGGCCACGCUAAGGCGAAGCCAAGGAUCGGUGUCUCGGGCGCCCACAGGGUCUGCAGCCCGUAACAAGCGGCAGGACGAAUUCAACCAAAUAUUCGAACUCACACACGAGGAGCUCCUCGAAGAUUUCUCAUGCGCCUACCAGAGCGACAAGCUGCUGUAUCAUGGCCGCAUGUACGUCUCGCGCAACUACGUCUGCUUUCACUCCCAGAUAUUCAAGAAGACCAUCAAAAUCCUGGAGUUCAAGGACAUCCAAGACGUACAGAAGAAGAACACGGCCAUCGUGUUCCCUAACGCUCUCGAGUUGACCGCCAAGAACCGAAAGUUUUUGUUUGCGUCCUUCCUCUACCGAGACCAGGCCUACAAGUUGCUGGCCGACCUGUGGGAAGAGUCGAAACGGAACCGGGUCUUCAAGUCUUUGGCAGUUAAGGAAGCCCGCAAGAAGCACGAAGAAGACGCCGCUCGCGAAGCCAGUUUCGAAGCUGUAUCCGAAGCCUCCACCGAAGAUGAAGACCAGGAGGAGAGCGAGGAAGAGGGUAGCUCCAGCGAGGGAGAAGCGACCGAUGACGCAGCGCCCCCUAUCCUGCCACGCUCCGCCCCUACUCCAGUAGUGAUGACUUCUUCUCCCUACGCCUCGGCCGAAAGCGUCUCCCUCGCCCCGCCUGACGAUGGUGCGCCCAGCGCCAAGUCGGUCUCUCCUCCCUCCGCCACCUCUUCCACCUCUUCCACCCAACCCUCCCCCCCAAGCAACUCGGCACUGCGCAAUCUGUCGGCCAACAUCUCGCACAACGUCAACGGUUGGGUUAAUUCGGUGGGGUGGCCCAUCAACAAGCUCCGUGCGGACGAUGGGUCAGGCGAGAACCCCGAAGCGGAGCUAAAGAAGGACAUCGAGUUGAAGGACUUCGCUAGUGAUAGCGAGGAUGCGGCUAACAAGCCCGAUGAAGAGGGCGGCCACCCCUCCUCACUCGAGGAACAACGCGAGCCGAGCCUCAAGGACCCCGAACACUCCACGUCGCCGAUGAGUGCCGCCACCGCCACUACCGCCACCGAGGGUGGCGCCGCCAAGUCGGACACCAAAGCCUCGGACGAAGGCGGCGACCGAGAACCAGCCGCAGCGGCGCAAAAGAGCGAUGACGCCCAAAACAAGGAAAAGGCAGAGGGCGGGGAUCAGGGCGAGGAGAAAGCCGAACGCGGCAGCGGCAGCCGAAGAAAGAGAAGAGAAGACAAGGAAAAGGCGGAUGAAGGAAAGCCACCAGAGGCGCCGCCGGUUGUCGCCCAGACGGCAGUACCUGUGCUAGAGACGUGUUCCCAUAUUUCGGCCGGGUGGACCGCGGGUCAGUCUAUGGUCAACGUGCUCUUGCCCGUCGCGGUCGGGGACAUGUUCUACACCUUCUUUGACGACAAGAACCCCGACGUGCCCGUCUUUUGGAACGAGCUGCACACCCAGGAGCCCCUCAGCUAUACGGAGGUGAGCAUGGGCCAAUGGAGCCCGCAAGCCGAGAACUGCUGCCUACGCCGUAGCGUCGGGUUCCGCGUUGCCCUCAAGCAUCCACUAGGCCCGAAGAGCACCCGAGUCCAGCAGGAACAGCGUAUCCACUACAUGAACAAAGACACCCUGGUGAUGGAAACAACGUCGGCUUCCCUUGAUGUGCCCUACGGAGAUACGUUCUCGACCGACACGCGCUGGGUGAUGAGCGCCGCCACCGGUCCCGGUGGGAAGCCGGCCACCCGCGUUACCGUCAACGUUGACAUCAAGUUCACCAAGUCGGUCUGGAUCAAGGGUGUUAUCCAAAGCAGUGCCGUGGAUGGGGUCAGCACCUACUUCCCAGCCUGGGCCGAAAAGGCCCAGCGUCUGCUCGCCCGUAAGGCCCGCGCUGUCGCGGCCGCCACCCCCGCUUCCCCCACCGCCAAGCGUACUCCGCGAAAGGGCGCCUCCACCCGGAGUUCGAAGCGAACGGCGGCUACGCCCGGCGGCGAGACGCCUUCGAAGCUUCGCAAGUCCCGGCGGCGCGCAGCAGACGAGGAGAAGGAGGGUCCCCCAGCUCUGGCCUCCGUCUCGGGUUCGGCUCUGGGGGAGGAAGACGGGGCCGUCUCCCCCGGCACCUUCGACACGGGCUUCACCUCGCUGCCCUCCUCUCCGCGGGAGGAGGAGUCGAUGCUGGAGUCCCUCAUCCACAUGGCCUUCCCCAACCUGCCCAUCCCGCGCCUCCCCUUCUCCCUCAGCACCGUGGCCGGCGCGGUGCUCCUCCUCGCGCUCGUCUUCUUCCUCCUCCCGCCGCUCUUCUCGCUCCCCUCGCUCUCCGGCCGCGUGGCCUCCCUCGAGAAAGAUCUCUACGCCAUGCGACGAGUCAACGCCCACCUCAAGGAUCGCGUCCUCUUCAUGCAGCUCGCCCUCUCCGCUCUCACGCCCCCCGCCGACGCUGACCCCACGGGGCCGACAGCUGGUGUUGGGGGACCACCUGCGCACGACGCCCUGCCCGAGCUGUGGCGAUACUGGAAGCUUCAUCGCCUGCUCCGUGCGCGGGUGGAGGGCCUGAUCGGCCAGCUCCGCGGCGUGCACACCGUUCUCGGCGACCUCCACGACCACCUCGGCAACACCAUCCAGCCCUCGCCCGCUGCCUCCACCACCACCGCUCCUCCGGCCGGCGACUACAUCACCGAGGAGUUCCUCGUCAAGCUGACCCACGCCCUCGACGAAGCCGCCGCCGGCGAUGAUGAUGGCCUCGAGUGGGACCUGGAAGACGAGGCGACAGGGCAGGGCGGCGGCUUCUGGAGUUGGGUGUGGGCCCUCUUCAAGCUGUUCUUCGUGUGGCUGCCGCUGGCGGCGGUGUCGGUCGCCAUGCUGGCCAACACGCUGGGCCUCCUGCCGCCCGUGCUGCCGUUCCCGCUGCCCCUGGAGAACGCGCUGCGGCCCUACGUCCAGGCCUUCCUGCCCCUCCCGCCGGCCUUCAACGACACAACCGCCCCCGCCGUCGUCGCUGCCUCUUCUUCCUCUUCUUCUUCUUCUUCUUUCCCCGCCGACAAGCUCCACCAGGCUUGA